AUGAGUUUCAGAGUCGUUAUGCUGACUUUGAAUAAAUUCCCAGUACGCUUCAUUGAAGUCCUACAUGGCAAUGCCCUUGAUGCUGGUGCCAUCGAAAACGUUACCUACAAUACCCUUGGGGAUCGGUUCUACGCUGGAUGGCAAUUAUAUGAGGAUUCGUUGCAAACCACAGGGUCCGACAUUACACCAUUCCAUGCAACAGGCGGCAAAGUCCUCAGUUCCCAACAUAACUUUCGAUGA